CUUUGAUGGUGGACCUUGGAACGGACCGCUUCAUUCGACAGAUGGACGACGAGGCCUCGCUGUUGCCACGGAAACUUCAAUCAGCUCUGGAGCAGGCGCUGGAGCAGAGGAACGAAAUCGUCAACCAGGACUCCGACAGCGAGUCGGACGAAGAGUACAACUCGCUGAGCAGCCUGGUGUCGGAGGCCUUCAUCCGCUUCUUCCUGGAGACGAUGGGACAUUACUCCCUUUUCAUCACGCAGAACGAGCGAGGAGAGCGGGUCUUCCAAAGGGAGGCGUUUCGCAAGACCGUGGCGUCCAAGAGCAUCCGCCGUUUCCUGGGCGUCUUCAUGGAGUCGCAGAUGUUUGCUGGCUUCAUUCAGGACCGGGAGCUGAGGAAAACGAGGGCUAAAGGUCUGUUCGAGCUGAGGGCGGAUCAGUAUCUGGAGGAGCUGCCGGACACGGAGCAGAGCGGAGUGAACAAGUUCCUCAAAGGCCUCGGAGAGUUCUGCACCAGACGGCUCCGAUUUCAGUCGCUUGAAAAAGUCACCAGAUUUAAAGCGGAGCUACAUAAAGACGCUGCUCAUAUUUCUUCUGAAAUAAAAUGAAAUUCCUCCACAAAAAGAAGAGAGGAGGAACGCUGAAGAUC